UAAUUCAGCAUUUUCGAAUGAGAAAGCUCCUAACUAAACCAACCAUGAAACAAAUUUGUUUGAACGUAUUGAUAGGAUUACCUGGUGCGGGAAAGACCACCUUUUGUCGAGAAGUUACAAAAUAUCUGGAGUCGAAACAUUCUUCUUUGUCUGUGAUUCAUGUCUGUUUUGACGAUUACAUUAAAGUUAAUUCACAAAUAGAACUCGAAAGUGGUUCGUUUAAGGAACAGAGGAACCAACUUCUACUUUCACUGGAUAGACUUUUAGAAUUCAUAGUUAAGAAAGAUUCAAGCUGUAACAGUAGGAACGCAUCUCGAAUGUUGGAUUCAGAAUUUCAAACGGUAAUAGCCAAACUCAACGCUGACAGCAAAACCUGCUUUCUCAUAUUGUUGGACGACAACAUGUACUACAGAAGUAUGAGAUUUUCGGUUUACCAACUAUCGAGAAAGUAUCAAACGGGAUAUAUGCAAAUGUUUUUCGAGGUACCUCUGGAAGUGGCUCAAAGACAAAAUGCUCAGCGAGAAGAACCAAUUCCUGAUCAGGUGUUAGUUAGAAUGGAGUCCAAACUGCAGAAGCCUCUGGUAGAUUUCUGUCACUGGGAGAGGAACAGUUUCCAUUACAAAGAGCAACCGUUUGAUUUCACUUCAAUUGAGGAAUGUGUUUUCGAACGAUUAGAACAUCCGGAACGUUCCUUAGAGGAGGUCCCUGAUAGAAAGCCAAUGGAACAGUCCGCAGUUCAUAAAAUUGAUUUAAGGCUACGGAAAACUGUAGGAAAACUGAUCAAAAAUCAGUCUGGAACAGGAGGUGUGGAUAAUCGAAAUUUAUCUAUCGAACUGAAUCGAAAGAGAAAAAGUUUGCUCGAUGAUAUGCGGAACAGACUGCUAGAAAUUGACGACAAUAUCACAGACGAAGAAUUGCAGAAGCUCUUUUGUUGUUAAGUUGUAAAUAAAAAAUCUAACCAACUGGUA